CGUAGCGGGAUGCUGAAGGAACAAUCGUCAAUAGUUUAGGCUGGCAACUUGGCGCGCGCCCCUCCGCAGACACAGGCCACAGCUGCUGCCUCAGUGCCUCCCAGUCGACGCCUGGCACUGGUAGUGUCUACGCGCUAGCCCGGCGUGCGUUCCCAGCCAGCGGUUGUACUGACAGAAAAAAAAGUAUUAGGUAGACUGCAUGCGGCUAUCACUUCCAGAUUUACCUUUUUUUUCUGUGUCGAUCCUUGUGAAAAAGAGAACGUGAACUAUAUAUAGCACAGCAAUUCCAAGAAAUAUCAUUGAAUAUUAAGGACACCUAUUAUCAUAACAGUGGCUAAGUGAUCAAUGGUUGACGCUGACCGAUGACGCAUUUUGGCAGUCACAAGGUGUAAGCCGUGCGGCAGCCUCCACCCGAGGGGCUCAACACCAAGAGAACGGGCAGGGAAAAGGCGUGCUGUGGUGCAAGAGCCGGGAAUCCCCUCCUGUUCACGGCCACAAGGAAGCUGCUCGGAGCCUUUUUAAGUCACCGCCUCUGAACAUAAUGUACUCGGGAUCCAAGUGCUUCUAAAAGGAUUAUACAAACUUUGUUCAGUGAGACGCUCAAGGCGGGAGACACCAACACAGGAACCGAGGAGCGUUAAAGAUGAAAGUAAAGAGGACUUUUAAAGUUGUUUAUGAAAAGUACAUGAGCGGUUCAAAAGUUUGUAGAUGAAAGAUAAAGACCAGAUAAAAGAACAACACACCGCUAAGAAGUGAACUAGAGGUGACUUUUCGGAUGUAAAAGAGUGAAAAUAGCUAAGGACGAAGACUACAGGAUGACAGCUGACGUGCGGGUGAGGACAGAGGAGGUGGACUGAGGCGUCGGUGGGCAGGGAGGAGGCCCGCGAGGAGGAGGAUGUGCGCUGUGGAGCCCCGAACAGCCCGGCCCGCCACGCUCACCCCGCCUCGCUCAGUAUUAACGCCUGAGUUGCUGUAUCUCCAAAAAAUCUUCGCCUCAAGCCUCCCAGCGUGCUCAGUCUACUUACCUCUGCUGCCGCUUCAGCCUCCAGUCCAAAAGCCCUCAGGCGCCGGCCGGCGUCUUGUUCUCGGUAGCCUGUCCCACGUCGGUGAUUGUAACGCGGAGAGGCGACUCUUGUCUAUUACGCCCAAGGGAGAGUGCCGGAGUGAGGGCAUGGUAUCUGGCAAGAAAACAAAAGGGUCUGUGAGGACUUGUCAACGAAAAGAAGAGAGAAAGAGUGGGAGAAAAGAAAGGAAAGUCAACGGUGGAGGGAUAAAAAGCCACUGGAGACGACGGACAUGGAGUGAGCCACAGGUUAGAGAUGCGAGACUGAGGGGAGUGACGCUCCAACGUGUUGGUCGAAGAUUCGCAGUAUAUAACCACAACCUUCUAACUGGUCCACGGCGGAGAGCUCCACGAGAACUGCCGUCAAGAAGCGGUGCCUCCAUUUCCCGUCUACGGUUUCUCGUGUGGUGGAUGUCAACCGUUCGGUUUAGAAGCAAAGAAUCAUCAUCCUUUUUAUAUAAAAGGGUGAUGUGUUAUUCCUCAAAAGCCUACGGUGUCGAGGAGAGUAAGCAUCAUUGCCCUCCCGCACACACUGCUCACAGACACCACGACCAUAAUAAUAACUUACAGAACCACAGGCUCUCAGGAAAGCCCAGAGGACUAGAAAAGAAUCAAACACAUUUUGUAGCCCGAGGAGCGGCUCUCAUUCGGCGACUACAGAGUAAGGUAAACUGCUUGAGCUUAAGAAAGAGAGAACUUGUAAAACGAGCUAGCUUUGCGCAGUUCAAACGUCUCCUUCUGAUUGAAAUCCCUUCAAGAGAGAAUUGGAAUAUCAAAUCGUGUCACAAAAGAGUAAAUCAUCUAGGAGCACGUACUAAAAAAUAUUGGAGGAGUGGCCACACAGGAGAUCCAGGCACAGUGGAAGGCAUCGGUAAGCCAAUACUGUGGGAGAGUGGAGCGGAGGGAGGGCAGAGGAGAGGUGGCAAGACUCCUGAGGGUGACAACCAUGGCCGACAGUGGUGGGCCGCCAACGGAAGCAACAGUGAAAGUGGUGACGAGCAGGGUCACUGCAGAGGGCAGCCUGGGAAUGGAUCCAGCACCACCCCCGACGCCGCUGCCACCAAUCAGGUGCAUCACAGGAGCUUUGAUGUCUUCAGCUCAAGACGAAAAAAGGCCUCCAAGAGUAGUGAAGGUAUACGGCGUAGCAUUAGUAUUGACCACAGCAGAAGCGAUGGCACAUUUUUCAGCUUGACUAAAUACAGAGACAAAUCGCUGAAUCGGGAAAUUAAAACCGAUACCAUAUCCAGUAGCAGCGAAGAUCCAGCUGCUGACCUCAAGAUAGUGCUUAGAGCACGGCCAAGUAAAUCCUCAGACAGGAGAAGGUCAGGCACUAGUAGGCGAAAUGAAGCUGCCCAUAGGCGGGCCGCAGGCGAGCACAGUCGGUCGCGGCGAAGACAAACCAAGAAGGUUGAACGCUCACCCAGCAGUCGUUCGUCCAGUUCGUCCAGAUCUGGAUCGGCUACAAGAGCGAGAGCGGUAGGCGGACUCACUGUUAUGUCUUCCCCUCGUAUGAAGAAAAGCAAAAGCCCAAAGGGGACUGUAGAGACUCCUUUUCCAGUUGAAGAUCAAUGCAAAGACGAAACUAAAGAAUUUCUAAGAAAGCUAGAUAGUGUUCUCACUGACUUAGUGGAAAGCGAAAAGAGGAGAAUCAGUAGUUAUGGUCAGCCAAAUAUCCAGAAUCCCAAGGAGGAAGAUCCUCAGUUGAAAAGAACAUCUAAGAAGAAGAAUCAUAAACACAAACACAGGAAGGUGACCAAGGAACGAGACCAUCCGCACGUCGAGGAGGAGGUGAGUCCUGCUCUACAACAACUCCGGGCUACGUUGAAGACAGUGAGGGUGAGGAAGAGACCUACGCCACAGAGCGCGGACGUCUUAGAGACACACGCCCAAUGCUUCACGGAAAAACAGCCACACAAUCCCCGCAUUCUAAAGUCCCAACACAGUUCACAGCUGGUUACUCAUCGCUAUUACCAGCCGCCCAGGCGCAGACAGCCGCGAUCACACCCAUACCCACCAGAUUUUUGUUCAUCUGAUGAAGACAAACCAACGGUCGGACGGGCGUACCAAGAUGAAGCCCCAAAAGAGUAUGUUAACGAUAAUGAUCCCCAUGACAGACGGGGGCAAGGAAAAGGUUCUCACAAGGAAGAUGAGGAAGACACUUGUUACGGCAGUGACUUCCAGGGUCCCCAAGGUCCACCCGUUCGCAGGCCUGCCCCCAGUCCUUCUCACGUAACACAACGCUUAAUGGAGGCAGCUGAUUCUGGGGAUCAUAGUGUGGACAGUGCCUAUACUGGAAGUCGUGGUGCCACGCCCGAAAGUAUCCUGUAUCCCAGCGUGAAACCGCGCCGCACGGGCAGCAGCCUCACCACGCCUUCUACUGGAGCCCGGCCCAGAACAUCGCGCUUCGCCCGUUGCUCGCCUAAAGCAGAACGACUGCAGCAACUCAAGAGGAAUAUCUUGAACGAGAUUCGAGAGAAUGGACUUUACAGUGACGAGAGCAUAAACUCUCUCCUUGAUCAGUACCGCCGUCGCUGCUGCCAUUUUCCUUCAGCUGAUCUCGACUUGGUUACCCGGAGCAUUCAAGAGGAUCUUGGUGUCAAGCCACGGGCGGCCGAGUAUCUUUACCAGAUUCUGAUCGCCUCUGAGGACGACCAGUCGCCAUCAGGAGCCAGUAAUCUGAAUGGAGCCAUGGUUACAGAUAACGCACCUGAUAAGAAGACCCCUUCCUCUCUCAAACCUGAAGAAUUCCAGUUGCAACGGAAAGUCAGUCAGGAGCAGAUGUGUCAAGCUAUUCCAUCAACACUCACACACAACAACAGCGAAGGUAGUUCUCUCAUGGGUCACGGGGAAGUUGAUGACGAGGCUUGGGCCAAAUCGAUGUUGAAGGAAGUGGCGCCGCAGCUGGUACAGGAGGCCAAAGAUGAGGCAAGUGGGAGACAAGACGAUGGUGACCCGGAGUGUGUAUCGUACGUCACUGAUCUGUGCCACCAGCUACAGUUAAAUAUAUGAAUCAAAUCACCAUUUUUCAAUAUUUGAAUAAACAACAAAUCAAAUACCUCGAUGUAACUACGUAAGCAAUCCUCUUAUAUGCCCCCUUCGCCCUAUUCCACCACUGACCUCGUAGCUCCUCCAAACACCCACAUGGUCCUGGUGACGCCAAGCAGUUGAAAUUGAAAUAUGUCGCCACGUGAGAAAAGUUUGCCACUACUAAGUGGCUUAAUCGGCAUUUCCAACUUAGGAAAGUGAUAGUAUGUUACUUAGAAGACUGCAUGCCUCAUCAUAACCUUAGAAUCUCGCCCUCGCAAAUAGUUUAAAGGUUACUGUUAUGGAUAUUACUUGUAAAUCGCGUCUUACACUGCCUAUUUCAAAUAAAAAAUGCAAUGGGUAGUGCAUCUAAACAUGUGUUGUUACAGUACAUAAAACAAUGCACAUAAAAAUAUAGUGCAAUAAGAAAAAUGUUUUAUGUAAAUUAGAUGGACAACAGCAGGAACAAAACAGCAAUAAGAAUAAUAAAUCUUACAAUGAUAUUAAUAACGAUGAUAAUAAUGGUGACAAUUAUGAUAAAGCUACUGAUAAUUAAUUAUUUUUAAUAUGGUAUUCAUUAUUAUUAUUAUUAUUGUUAUUAUUAUUAUUGUUAUUAUUAUUAUUAUUAUUAUUACUAUUAUUAUUAUUAUCAUUAUUAUUAUUAUUGCUGGAGGAGAAAGGACACAUGGGUGUACUGAGUUGAGUUUCGCUAAGGCUUCUUCAAGGGAACUGUUCCCCUGAGAAACCUUAGCGAAACCUCAGUACAUCGUGUUUCCUUUCCCCUCCAACUUGUCGAAAACAUCACAACAUUAUUCUUGUUAUUGUGAAAGGAAGUGAAAGAAAGCACGGGUGCAAUGAGGAGAGUAUAUUCCUAUAAACCUAGUUUCGCUGGCUAAGACUUCUUCAGGGAUACUGAGGAGGCUCGGGUGUUGGCGCGUCUUCCAAGCCCGGUCAUCUGGAAAACCAUCGGAGGGCAGCGGCGAUCCAAUGGAUGACGACCUCCAACACAAGGGUCUACAAUCAGCAGGCCGGUUUUUCCACGUGGCCGGUGUCAUGUGCACAAGGUUCCCCUGCGCGCUUUUGAAGUGUUUAUCAAAGUGCAUACGACACCGGGCUUAUGAAGAGCGCACGCACCUGAGGGUCUGCCCCUCCCUCCUCCCUGCCCGUCAUCCACGAAGACAGACUCGCCGGUCGCCGCCCAGCGCCUGUCAGCCGCCACUAGAGAUGUGCCAGUACCACGAUGAUGGCCGAUACCGAUACCAGUACUAACUUAAAAGCCGAUACCGAUACCGGUAGGCUACUCCGAUACUAACAAAUGGCCGAUAUUUUGCCGAUAGAUACUUUUUUUAUUACAUAUCUAAGAUUAUAAAAGUAUAGAAUUACUUGUAACCUAUUUUAAAAUUAGAAAUAAGGGAAUUUGGGAAUAACUAAAACUGGAUGGUCUUGAAAGUCGAUAGUAAAAUAAGUCUUCACAUUUCUUUUAUUUUACGUUUUGAGCUAUGGCGCCGGUAGGCUUUCUUGGUGGGUAAUGAUGGUCGGACUCAGCCCAUUGUGGCGCAGGGAACUGCUUAUAGUGGCGCCAUCUUGUUUGGCUCAUGCUGACCCCAGAACUCAUCUUUGAUCCUCUUUUCGAGAGUAUAAGAGUCCGGGUUGAUAGGUGUUCUUCAGGACAGCAUGUGGGUAGUCUUAGGCCUUUCGGGGGUGACUGAAAAAUUGCCAGCUUAUGACUACGGGCGGGACGCGAACCUGCAUCUUUUAGAACGCCGCGGCAGCACACUGAUCACUCAGCCACCGCCUCCCCAAUAAUAAAUAAGCCAUAAAAGUAUCGGAGUAUCGGCCAUAGUUUUACCCUGCCGAUACCGACACUACAAACAAAGCCCGAUAAUACCGAUACCGAUACAAUCGGCAUAUCUCUAGCCGCCACUCGGCCGUCUCGCGCCAUUCACCUCGUGCUGACUCACUUAUCGCCGCCUCAUCAGGCCCUGACGAGUGUGCGCGCCGAGUUAGGUAAGCGUUUAAGACUCCGCUCUCCUUUACUAAAUACGAAUUUUCUUCUUUUUCCUUGCCUUCUAUCCUACACACUUUUCACCCCCACUUUGAUACUGUCUGGAGCUUCCUCAGUCACCUCGAGGAAGCUUUAGCCAGCGAAAUUAAUUGGGAAUAAACUCGCCUCAUUGCAUAUGUUUUUUUUCCCGCUCCUUUACCAACUUGUCACUACGUUCCAGCACGAUGAUGAUUAUGAUUAUGAUAAUAAUAAGAAUAUUUAAAAUAAUAAUAAUAAUAAUUGUUAUAAUAAUAAUCAUUCUCAUUGAUACAAUCUAUGAUAUAUGUUAUACCAUCACCCCACCACCACCAUCGAUAACAACAAAGAAAAGCUACAGGAUUAAUAAUAAUAAUAAUAAAAAUAAU